AUGGAGGUUCGCCAGGCAGUCAAGGAUUUCAAUUUGAGCUUGUGUGCUAUUCUAGAGUCUCAUGUAGAUGUCGGUAAAUUGAGCAAAGUGUGCAAAGUAGUGUUUCGUUCUUGGGAUUGGACGUCGAAUGGAGGAUGCUGUGACAAAGGUACGAGAAUUAUUAUUGGAUGGGAUCCUGCUAUUUUUGAUGUGAUGGUUUUGGCUCAGUCUCCUCAGGUGAUGCAUCUUCAGCUUGUUUUUAAAGUGGAUAAAAGGAUGGUUUUCUGUUCUAUUGUUUAUGCAGCAAAUUACUAUAUAUCUCGUAGAGAAUUAUGGCAUAAUCUUUCAAUGCAUAAAGGUUUUGUUGGUAAUAAGCCAUGGUGUGUUAUGGGUGACUUUAAUUCCGCGCUAAACCAUGAGGAUAGUUCUAUGGGAUCCUCUUCGGUUUCGAUUGGGAUGAGGGAGUUCCAAGAUUGUGUGAAUGCUAUGGAGGUUUUUGAUGUUAACCGAGUAGGGUUUCAGUUUACAUGGAACCAAAAGCCUAAGCAGGGAAUCGAGUUUUUAGAUAUCGUUAAAAAGUCUUGGGAGACUAGUGUGAAUGGUGUGCAUCAGUUCAGGGUUGUAAAGAAGUUACGCUUGCUGAAAAAUCCUCUGCGAUCGUUGUUGUUUAAGCAAGGAAAUCUACACCAUAAAGUGACUUCUCUUCGGUCAAAGUUGGAUGAGUUACAGCAAAAAAUUGAUCAGAAUCCGUCUAAUCUCGAGCUUAGGGCAGCCGAGUCUUCUACGAGUCGUGAUCUGCAGGAGGCUUCUUUGGAUGAAGAGCGAUUUUUAAAACAAAAGUCUAAGGUGGACUGGUUGAGGGCGGGGGAUAUGAAUUCUGCUUUCUUUCAUUCCUCUUUGAAAAUCAGGAAUCAUUAUAACCGGAUAGAUGUUAUUCACGAUUCGGAAGGAAAGCUAUAUGAAGGUGAUAUGGUUUUUUCAGCUUUUGUUAAGCAUUAUGAGAAGUUUUUUGGCUCGCAAGGUGAUAUUUCUCUCACUCCGGUUCCAGAGUUAUUCUCUAAAGUUCUUUCUCCCCAGGUUGCUACUCAAAUGGUAUGUCCGGUUACUGCGGAGGAAGUGAAAAAGGCGAUGUUUUCUAUUGGGAUUGAUAAGGCUCCAGGCCCGGAUGGCUAUACAGCGGGUUUUUUCAAGGGGGCAUGGCCUAUUAUUGGGAAUGAUAUUACUUCUGCUGUUAUGGAUUUUUUCGAAACAGGAUUAAAGGCGCGCUCAAUGAUAUCGUCAGCGUUAAUCAAUCGGCGUUUGUGCCGGGAAGGAGAAUCUCUGAUAAUAUUCUUCUAA